UGCAGACAUCGGCCCUGCAUACAGUAUCCCGCAUAGAGGUGGCGCAUUGUCCAUCCGGACCUCGGAUUCCAGUUCUAUGCUACGUAGGCAUGGCAUGUAUCCAAUGGUUUGGCGGAUCAUCUAACCCUCGAUCGCGGCGACAUCGAAGGCUCUAUACCUAUCUCAAUAUGCGACAGACGCGACUGAAAAAACCAAGUUCCGCGUUGUCGCUGGGUUUGAGUCUAGACUCUAACUUUUGUUUAGUCUUUCCGAAUCUCGGGAGCGCUACAAGUACUGUAUACCCCCUUACGGCCGUAACGCGCAGGUAGCUCGUGCCCUUGGACGAUCGCGUCUAAUCAAAAGUGCCCCCUUCCCCCAGAAACGGGUGCGCGCGACCUUGCACUCUCUCAUCCACAAGCAUGCGUCUCACAACUCUCAUCUUGGCCAUUCUCGGUACUGCCGCCGCCUCGCCCAAAUCUCCUCGUGGCGGUGAUUCCUGGCAUGGCAGUGGUGAUUCCUGGCCCGGCUGCUCCAAGGCCGUCGAACAAGUCUACGCCGCGCAUCAACAAUCCCAGGCCACCGCCUUCUGCUCUUGGUACUACCCUGCGAGGUGGGCUCCAACGGUGACGAAGACAACGACAAAGACAAUCCACACUUCAACUACAAUUACUCGCACAACAUCCGUCGCCGCCACAAGCAUCGUCACUUCUUGCGCAGUGCCCGCUACAACGUCGUCCACCACUACGCCUGUGAAACGUGAAGCACACCAAACGCCGAAGCCCCAGGCGUGGUCGCACUACCCUCUUGGUCCCUCCGCAUCGUCUUGCUGCAAAUGUCUUCACCCUGCGACCUCGACGAUCAUCAAAACAAUCACCAAGACCGCCGUUACAUCUACAGCGUCCGUCGUCCACACUGUCACAACUUCGACCACAACUGUCAACGCCGUUCAGACAUUCUCACUCUACGAAGUUGGUUCCAACGAGGGAAACUCCUUCCUGAAUCCUCGCCAACAAGCCGAUGAAUUCUUCCUCGUCGGUAACAUCCUCAACCCGACCAAUCCUGCCACGUACACCCUCCUAGGCAACGGAUCGCUCGUCAUCGUGUAUCCAGGUCCGUCCAAUCCGGCUAGCACCGCGGGACGUAUCGCGGUCCAGCAAAUCGGCGAGGUCCAGACAUACUUCGUCAUUUUCACGGACGGUGUAUCCUCCAACACAAGCGUCCUUACCUGUGCAGUCGCGACCGAUGUGGACGGUACGUGUCCCUUCACCUGCUCGGUGAGUGGGGUGGAGGCAGGCGCGGUGUUCUAUAAUUAUAAUCUCGUGGAAGACAUAGUCAGUAUCGGACCCUCGGUACCUGUACAAAGCGAGGCCCUCACUCUAUACGCUGUCGGAUCUGCCCCCGCGACCGCCGGCAAUACCACGAAGCUCCUCGACGAUCUUACUUGAGGUUUACAGUCGGGUCGGGGUCAAUGAAAGACAUGUGGAUGAUUUUGGCUGCGCCUAGGAUGCCGAAAUGCGCUCAAUUAGUGGUCGUCUAUUGAUAUAGGACAAGCAAGACGUGUUUGAUU